AUGUAUUUUGCAAAUAGAUGUGUCUUGAGAUUCGCUCUGAACUUUGUAAGUGAUGGAGAAGUAGUCAGAGAAGUAGGUAGAGAGUUCCAGAAAAAAAGGCCAGAAAAAGCAAAUGCAGAGUUAAGAAUUAAGACUAACGAAGUAACAAGAAGGAGAAGAGUAGGGUCAUCAAGAAAAGGCAUAAGUGUUUUAUUCUACGUCGUUGAAAGUGGCAACGGUUACAUUAAUGAUUACCCUUGCGGUAGGUUGCUAAGAGAUGCGAAGUUGUACGAAAUCGGAGCUGGUACUACUGAAAUUAGAAAAAUGAUCAUAGGAAGAAGCCUUAAUGCUGAAUAUUCUUAG